AUGUCUGAGGAGAAAAACUUCGAAUAUCAGGACUUGAUUUUAGUUCCCAAAAAAGAAUUUUUAAAAUCAGAAGAAGUAAUUAUUGAAACGAAUGAAGAUUCGCCCUGUAUUUGGAAAGAAGUAGACGAAACUUUUUUUCCAUGCAAAGAACUCAUGAAUUUCUAUCACGAGCAGCAAAAAGUAAUGUGGAAUUUAGAAGAAGUUGAGCCAAAGCAAAUACAACAUGAAUUGGCGCAUUUUAGUGAAUUGCCUAUCGAAAUCAAAGCUAUUAUCCAGUCUAUUCUCUUAUUCUUUACACAAGCAGAUAAGUUAGUAAUCGAAAAUGUAAAUGAUUUGAUUAAUCAUGUUCCUUAUAAAGCAGCUACAUAUUUCUAUAACUUACAAAAUUCUGUAGAAAGCGGUGUUCAUGAUCGUUCUUAUGAAUUUCUCGCCAGAUAUUAUUAUAACAACGAUGAUCUUUAUAAAAAUGAUCUUAUUUUAUUAGACAGUAUUAUUCACGAGAGUAAUCCAGAAAGAUUGGCUAAGAACUUUGGUCCCGAUAAUCUCGAGUUCGAAUUCAGCAAGUAUCAAUGCAAGUAUUACGAUUUUAAAAAUGGAAUUGAAAAGAAAAUAUUUCAAGCCGUUGCUAAGAAAAUAAAUAUCAUGAACAAAUGUAAAAGAAGAACUAGCAUAGUUGAGAAAUUAGUCUCGUUUAUGGUUUUAGAAACUAUUGGUUUUAAUCCGAUUUUUGCAAUAAUCAAUAGCAUUAAAAAUAAUAACAAGGGAUUAUCAUUUUUAAGUACCGUUAAUGAUUUCGUAACUAUCGAUGAAAACAUUCAUGCUCGUUUCGGCAUUGAAUUAUACAUGAAUUAUUGCGAAUCCAAACUCCCAGUAGAAAGAGUGCAUGAAAUCAUUAAAGAGAUUGCCGAGAUUGAAAUCGACUUCCUCAAGAAUAUCUUCGAUCCAAAACUGAUUAUCAACUCGAUUGAUCUUGAUAAAUAUAUCACUUAUACCAAACAAAUUACUAAUACAUUAUCUAAAACAAUAACUAACGAGAUUUUAUACCAUGAUUUGCCGGAAUUACCCGUUGCAUUUGUAACUCCGCAAUUACAAGUUAAAACUAACUAUUUCGAACGCACUAUUAUGGGGAUUCACUAUAUUCUUUAA